GAGGAAGUAGUAUUAUUUAUUAUACUACCUUUUUUUGUUUUUCCAACGUCUCACUUCUUAAUACAACCACAUUGGGGAUACCAUAUUUUCAAAGGUUGAAAGUGAACGUUUAAAGUAAUUGAUAUAGAGAUACGAAAACUAUACGCGCAUAUGUAUAGCUAACUUUUGGGGUUGCAUAUUCUUCACAUUACCCGUCAUAGCUAAAUCGCCAAAUGUGUUUGUUUUUAUUACGUAGGAUGCUAGUUAAAUACACUAUUAACUGACAUGCCUGUAUUCCAAUGACUGCUAUCCAAUUUCUGUCCUUGUAUUUCAACACAUAGUUUGUUCAGUGUAUUCACAUUGCUCAAGUUAAAACAGUACGUACAAUGGCCGGUGCUUCAACGUAAUUCAGUUUAAUUUUAAGUGAUGUUCAGAUUGGCUGGCCUUUAUAGUGUAGUGCGCAAGGCUGUUUGCAUUGGCACCGAAGAGAUGGUGAAAGUCAAAUUCUUCUAUGCUGUGAGGAAUGGUUUCAAACCCGGAGUUUACAAAACUUGGGAUGAAUGUAAGAGCCAGGUUGACAAGUUUCCAAGUGCCAGCUUCAAGAAAUUUGGAGCUGAAAAGGAGGCCUGGGCGUUUGUCCGAGGAGAAGAAAUGUCAAUAACUCCCAAAGUGUCAGAGGGAGCCAACAAUGAUGCUAUGCUCCCAAGAAGGGCCCCGGAGGCCCUUGAAUAUAUACCAAUUGGUCAGAAGAGAAACUACGACCACAUAGACGAGGAAGAGGUGUCCCCUGCCAAACGAGCUAAACCAUCACAGGAGGCUUCCCAAGACAGUGGGGCAUCUUCAAAGAACAAGGAUGGAUUCACGUACAUGGGUGACGCGGUGGUGGUGUACACAGACGGCUGCUGUUCAGGCAAUGGGAAGUCUGGUGCCCGGGCUGGCAUCGGCGUGUACUGGGGACGAAACCAUCCUCUGAAUGUAGCUGAACCACUGCAUGGAAGACAGACCAACCAGAGAGCCGAAUUACAGGCAGCUUGUAAAGCAUUGGAGCAGGCCAACGAGAUGAACAUCACGAAGUUGGUGCUCUACACAGACAGCAAGUUCACCAUAAACGGCGUCACAAGCUGGGUGAAGAACUGGAAGCUAAACAACUGGAGGCUCAAAUCUGGUGGCCAAGUCACCAACAAGGAAGACUUUGAAAAACUAGAUUUGUUGAAUUCAAAGCUGGAGGUGGUCUGGUUGCACAUCCCAGGCCAUGCUGGUUACCUAGGAAAUGAAGAGGCUGACAGGCUGUCUAGAGAGGGAGCCGCCAAACACUCCGCUUAGCCAACAGUACAAAAUCCAACAGCUUUCAUAGGCCGCAUUUACUUCUCCUGGUUCUCAGUGAGAACGUUUAUCACAUCAUAAAUUCAAGUUUAUGGUGUUGUUUUUGAGUGGCAUAUUGCUCUUCUUUUUUUUGUUGCAUUGACUGUUCUCUUCUGCUUACAGGUUAUUUUAUUGUAAAAACAAGUCUGUUUAUUGCUUUUUGUGAAAUAAAGUUGUCUGUGUGGAAUAUA